AUGAGUUAUCCAAAUCAAUACCCAUAUGGACAACCAGGUUAUCCACAAUAUCCACCAGGUUCUAUCCCACCACAAGGUUAUUCCCAAUAUCCACCAGGUACUGUUCCACCACCACCAGGUGCUUACCCACCAAUGGCUCCAGGUGCUUACCCACCAGGUCAAUAUGUCGGCGUUCCAGGUUCAUACCCACACGGUCAUGUAACUCCAAUGGCCUAUCCACCAGGUGCCUAUCCAGUCGGUCAUCAUCAUGGUCAUUACAAACAUAAAGGUUACAAACAUAAACACAAGAAAUUCAAGCAUAAGGGUUUCAAAGGUUUCAAAAAGGGUUUCAAAGGUUUCAAAAAAGGUUUCAAGAAAGGUUUCUACAAACAUUAAAUAGUUUUUUUUUUAUAAAAGUUAUUUUUUUUUUUCAACAAUUAUUAAAAUAAUCAUCAUUUGAUAAAUUAUUUCAAUUUUUUUAAAUAAAAAAAUAUUGUAUAAUAUUAAUUAAAAAACCUC